CUUGAAUUCAGAUUAUUCCGCUACCUACACGAUUGGUUUCCCCAUCUCCUAUCUAACCAAGAGGCUCUGCUUAUCGCUUCAGUAGAGUGAGUCUACGACAAAUACGGCAGAACUUGAACACAAGCUUCCUAGGUGCAUGAGACCCUAGAAAAGACUUCGUCUGGUGCUAUCGAUGUAUCUUCUUCGCUUGACUGAGGAGAGAAUAUUGUUUCUGCAGUCGGCAAGAGCAAUAUGUGCUCCAACUCAUAACAAAGAACCAGGCUUGAAGCCCAGCAACACUUUCAAUACGCGUCUAUCUGACCCAGCGCUUUUAAAUCACUACACCUCACAUUGAAAUUCACAUCUCUCUUUCUCUCUCUCUUCCACCACACAGUAUCAACGUCAUAAAAUAACUCUCCUGCGUUUUCUCAGAGACGAUAGAAAAUGUCGCUUCAAGAUUUGCCAACAGAGAUACUCCUCAUGUGCCUCCAGAAACUUGACAGGCCUGACUACCGGUAUCGCCGCUUUUAUGCUUGGGCUAAUAUUCGCCUUACGUGCAGACGAUUCGCCAGACUGGUGAUCCCGCUUUUAUUCAGCAAAAUCACAGUUCAGUUUUCGAGCACUUGUUUACAGCGGCUGGAGAGACUAUCCCAGAACCCGAGUAUUGCAGGAUCCAUUACUCAUGUCACGAUAGCUCUCCCGUGUUACGAUCCUGCAAUGCUAGAGGACUUCUCACUUUUUGUCCGUUCCCGUGCCUACGCCCUAGAACUCUCUAUGAUAGUAAUAUGGCAUGAUUCUACGACUGGAAAAAUAUUCGAAGAGAUAGAAGAAGAACGCAGUCGGAUUUUGUCGACAUGGGACGCAGUCGGAGAUGGAGACUACGAUAUCGAUCACAUUGACCAGAACUUGAAGUUAUUGCAGCAGAGUCAUCAGAACUACCAGAAGUUGUACUGUGACCAGCAGGAGCGUAAGCCGGUCAUGCUGCUUUCUGAGAUCCUCAAACGGCUGAACAACCUUCAACAAAUCAGCAUAGACGACUCUGUUCAAGAAGAAGGACACGUCGAUGAGAAAGGACACCUGGUUCUGGCUUGGGAAUCGGGUUACAUACCAGCGUCUAUGUGGUCCGGAUCGGAAUUUGGUCCAAAUAUUGCAACUCCUUGGAAGCUGAUCGCCGACAUCUUUGAUACUAUGGAAAUGUUGUCUGUGCAUCCCGCAAAGUUUUGCUUGGAUAUAUAUGAGGCUAUCUUUGAUCCCAGGGCAUUCCAGAUGUCCCCAGAAUGUCUUGUUCGCAUUGGUGAUAUUCUGAAAGAUACGAAGUCGAUUCGUGUCCAUAUCGAGCAAGCAUAUAAGGACAGGGACGACAUCGAGGACGACAUUGAAUCUGUGGGACUCUUAACAAACGCUCUGUGUAAUGUGGCCUCACUGCAGGAGCUUGAACUGUCUUUUUUGUGCAUUGAUGGUUACCGCCCUGCAGCUUUUGUCCUGCCACUAGGGAAAACAACGUGGGUACAUCUGAGGACUCUCAAACUACGGCGCAUUGCUUUCACACGCGAGAAAUUCCGAAUGUUACUGCAGCAAUGUAAUAAAGAUGUGCUGGAGGAUGUGCACCUGCACGAUGUGGAGUCGCCCUCUAUGUCCCGGCAGGAUGUUAGCGAGGACCUGAAGAGCUUCACCAAGGUGAGGAAGAUCAUAUGGCGCGACGCCUAAUCGCUGGAAUUUUAUCAAGCAUCUAUCCCCGAGGGUGCAGACUCCUCCCGAAAACAGUUCACCUAGGAGAUCGAGAAGCAUAAUUUUGCGGACCUCAUGCUUAAUUUCAGCUACUGGUGCUUAUUUAGAAUACAAUUUUUCUUUGGUGGAAUUGGAGGGCGGGGGGAAUCUACUAUGACUACUUCAUGGUUCUCGUCCCUAACUAGCAAUCUGAUUCUAAUUCGCCACUUGUCAAUAUUUCCUGUCAGU